UGUGGGUGUAAAGGCCUGGUUUGGACACGCAGCUCACAGGAGGGUGGCCACGUGCUGGCCCCGGGAGCGGGGCGGGGGUCCAGCCCCUUUAGAAAGUCCGGGAAUUGCUGGGGUCUUGGAGGCGGGCGUGUUGGCAGGGCCCUUGCUGGGCUUGUGCGGGUGCUCACUGAAGGCACCUUGAGUUCGCUCCUGGUCACUGACUAGCAGAGUUCCUUGCCAGUCAGGUCACUUUGCGGAUCAGUUGUGCCCUGGAGAGGGAAAGUGACUUCUGACUUGCCUAAGGCCUCUCACUGGGAGUCGGCUGCAGGGAAGACAAGGAAAACCCAGAUGACCACCGGUCGACCAGGGCUCUUUCCUCCAGGACUUUGGUAGUUGCACUCUUCAUGGUCUUUCCUUUCGCACAGUUAGGUCCCAGUGGAUGUUAGGACCUCUGUUUUCUCGCUUGGGAGGGAAGCGGGUUGAGGGUGGACAGUAAGUCAGUCUGGGGCUUCUCAAUUUGGGCAGCUCAUGGUGACAGGUGUUUAUUGUGUCCUCUUCUCCCGCAGGUCUUAAAGAAACAUCCUUGGAUCUUCCUGUCUGGACACAGGAGAUGAGGAAACUGAGGUUCAGAGAUGUUAAGCUGCCCAGAGUGACACACAGCUAACAUCACAAACCUAGAAACAGAAGUCUGUCACAUACGGAGCCCUGGUGGCGCAGUGGUUAAGAGCUCAUACAGUCAUAUAGAGCUAGGAUUCUGACUGACUUCAAAGCCCUUUAUACUUACUAACCAGCUUUUGAAAGCCCUGCUAAUUCCAGCAAUUGGAAGGAACGGUGGUAUAGUGCUCUUGUUAUCUUGACUUGUUCUGAAGCACAAAACAUCUCAAACCACUGUAGAUAUGGACAAAGAAGAAAGGAAGACUAUCAACGAGGGUCAGGAAGAUGAGAUGGAAAUUUAUGGUUACAAUCUGUGUCGCUGGAAGCUUGCCAUAGUUUCUCUGGGAGUGGUUUGCACUGGCGGCUUUCUCCUCCUUCUUCUCUACUGGAUGCCUGAGUGGCGGGUGAAAGCGACCUGUAUUAGAGCUGCCAUUAAAGACUGUGAAGUGGUGCUGCUAAGGACUACUGAUGAAUUCAGAAAAUGGUUUUGUGCAAAAAUUCGCUUUCUUUCUGUGGAAACUAAUCCAUUUUCAAGUCCAAAAUCUCUAGCAAAUAAAGUUUCAAUCGGCCAUGCUGUUGGUUUAAUCGAGAAUCCAGCUGAAGAGAACCGGCAUGAGAUGAACAAACAUUCACAGAGUCAGUCACAACAGAUUCGUUAUUUCACCCACCAUAGCAUAAAGUAUUUCUGGAAUGAUACCCUUCACAAUUUUGAUUUCUUAAAGGGACUGGAUGAAGGUGUUUCUUUUACAUCAAUUCAUGAAAAGCAUAGUGCAGGACUGACAAAGGGGACGCAUGCCUACAGAAAGUUGCUUUAUGGAGUAAAUGAAAUUCGUGUGAAAGUGCCUUCUGUUUUUAAGCUUCUAAUUAAGGAGGUUCUCAAUCCAUUUUACAUUUUCCAGCUGUUCAGUGUUAUUCUGUGGUGCACCAAUGAGUACUAUUACUAUGCUGUAGCCAUUGUGGUUAUGUCUGUACUGUCAAUUGUAAGCUCACUAUAUUCCAUCAGAAAGCAUUAUGUUACGUUGCAUGAUAUGGUGGCAGCCCACAGUAUUGUGAGAGUUACAGUUUGCAGAGUAAAUGAAGAAUCAGGAGAGAUCUUUUCCACAGACCUCGUGCCCGGAGAUAUCAUAGUGAUUCCACUAAAUGGGCUAGUCAUGCCUUGUGACGCAGUGCUUAUUAAUGGUACUUGCAUUGUAAAUGAAAGCAUGCUAACAGGUGAAAGUGUUCCAGUGACAAAGACUAAUUUGCCAAAUCCUUCGGUGGAAAUAAAAGGAGCGGGAAAUGAGUUAUAUAAUCCAGAAACACAUAAACGACACACCUUGUUUUGUGGGACUACUGUUAUUCAAACUCGUUUCUACACUGGAGAACUUGUCAAAGCCAUAGUAGUUAGAACAGGAUUUAGUACUACCAAAGGACAGCUUGUUCGUUCCAUACUGUAUCCCAAGCCAACUGAUUUUAAACUCUACAGAGACGCCUGUUUGUUUCUACUGUGUCUUGUGGCUGUGGCUGCCAUUGGGUUUAUCUAUACUAUUGUCAAUAACAUUUUAAAUGAGGUAGGUGUGAAGGAAAUAAUUGUCGAGUCUCUUGAUAUCAUUACAAUUACUGUGCCCCCUGCACUUCCUGCUGCAAUGACUGUUGGUAUUGUGUAUGCCCAAGAAAGAUUGAAGAAAAUCGGUAUUUUCUCUAUCAGUCCCCAAAGGAUAAAUAUCUGUGGACAGCUGAAUCUCGUUUGUUUUGACAAGACUGGAACUCUUACUGAAGAUGGUUUAGAUCUUUGGGGGAUUCAACGAGUGGAAAAUUCAUGUUUUCUUUCUCCAGAAGAAAACGUCUGCAAUGAGAAAUUGGUAAAAUCCCAGUUUGUUGCUUGUAUGGCUACUUGUCAUUCCCUUACAAAAAUUGAUGGAGUGCUUUCUGGUGAUCCACUCGAUUUGAAAAUGUUCGAAGCCAUUGGAUGGACUCUACAAGAAGCCACUGAAGAGGAAACGGCACUUCAUAAUCAAAUUAUGCCCACUGUGGUUCGUCCUCCAAAACAGCUGCUUCCCGAAUUUACACUCGCAGCAGACCAGGACAUGGAGCUGUUUGAGCUUCCAGCUAAUUAUGAGAUAGGAAUUGUCCGCCAGUUCCCAUUUUCCUCUGCUUUGCAACGUAUGAGUGUAGUUACAAAGGUGCUGUGGGAUAAGAAGAUGGACGCCUACAUGAAAGGGGCACCGGAGGCCAUCACCAGCCUGUGUAAACCUGAAACAGUUCCGGCCGAUUUUGAAAAAGUUCUAGAAGAUUAUACUAGACAGGGCUUCCGUGUGAUUGCUCUUGCCCACAGAAAACUGGAGUCAAAACUGACUUGGCAUAAGGUACAGAAUGUCAGCAGAGAUACUAUUGAAAACAACAUGGAUUUUAUGGGAUUAAUUAUAAUGCAGAACAAAUUAAAGCGAGAAACCCCCGCAGUGCUGGCAGACCUGCAUAAAGCCGACAUUCGCACGGUCAUGGUCACAGGUGACAACAUGUUGACUGCUCUCUCGGUGGCCAGAGACUGUGGGAUGAUUCUCCCUCAGGAUAAAGUUAUUGUUGCUGAAGCAUUACCCCCAAAGGAUGGGAAAGUUGCCAAGAUAAACUGGCAUUAUGCAGACACGCUAACCCUGUGCAGUAAUUCAUCAGAAAUUGACCCAGAGACUAUUCCAAUUAAACUGGCCCAUGACAGCUCCGAGGACCUUCAGGUGACUCGUUACCAUUUUGCAAUGAAUGGAAAGUCAUUUUCAGUGAUACUGGAGCAUUUUCAAGACCUUGUUCCCAAGCUGAUGUUACAUGGCACCGUGUUUGCUCGUAUGGCACCUGAUCAGAAGACACAGUUGAUAGAAGCAUUACAAAAAGUAGAUUACUAUGUAGGAAUGUGUGGUGACGGCGCGAACGAUUGUGGUGCUUUGAAGAGGGCACAUGGAGGCAUUUCCUUAUCUGAGCUUGAGGCUUCAGUGGCAUCUCCGUUUACCUCCAAAACGCCUAGUAUUUCCUGUGUGCCAAACCUUAUCAGGGAAGGCCGUGCUGCUUUGAUCACUUCCUUCUGUGUCUUUAAAUUUAUGGCUUUAUACAGCAUUAUCCAGUACUUCAGUGUUAUUCUGCUGUAUUCCAUCUUAAGUAACCUAGGAGACUUCCAGUUUCUCUUCAUUGAUCUGGCAAUCAUUUUGGUAGUGGUUUUUACAAUGAGUUUAAAUCCGGCCUGCAAGGAACUUGUGGCACAAAAGCCACCAUCGGGUCUCAUAUCCGGAACCCUUCUCUUCUCCGUUUUGUCUCAAAUUAUCAUCUGCAUUGGAUUUCAAUCCGUGGGGUUCUUUUGGGUCAGGCAACAACCGUGGUAUGAAAAAUGGCACCCAGGGUCCGAUGCCUGUAAUACAGCAGGAACCCUGGAUUGGAACUCUUCACAUUUUCCCAAUGAAACCGAACCCGAUGAACAUAAUAUACAAAAUUAUGAAAAUACCACGCUGUUUUUUAUCUCCAGUUUUCAGUACAUCAUAGUGGCUGUUGCCUUAUCGAAAGGAAAACCCUUCAGGCAACCUUCCUACAAGAAUUAUGCGUUUCUUUUGUGUGUGAUUACGUUGAUUGUUUUCACAUUAUUCAUCAUGUUGCACCCAGUUGCCUCUAUUGACAAGGCUUUUCAGAUAGUGUGUGUACCAAAUCAGUGGCGUGUAAAUAUGCUUCUCAUUGUUGUUGCCAAUGCCCUUGUGUCUUUCCUGAUGGAGAACGUCUUCCUUGACAUGGUCCUUUGGAAAGUUGUGUUCAGUCGAGACAAACAAGGAGAAUCUCGCUUCACCACCACACAGCCACCACAGAACUCAGUGGAUCGGUGGGGAAAAUGUUGCUUGUCCUGGGUCCUGGGCUGUAGGAAGAAGAUACCAAAGGCAAAGUACAUGCACCUGGCGCAGGAGCUCUUGGUUGAUCCAGAAUGGCCACCCAAACCUCAAACAACCACAGAAGCUAAGGCUUUAUUUAAAGAGAAUGGAUCCUGUCAAACCAGCACGGCAACAUAGCAAUGAGUCGGUCUCAGCGGUAUGCUGACAGCAGUGUUCAGGAGAGUGUAACUUCGUGACUUUCUGACCCUGUGUGUCAGAAUACCAGUUCACUUUAUGUCCCUUGUGAUCUUUAGGGUUUAGUACCUGAUUUCAGAGCCUUUUUUUGUUUCUUUGUUAGUUGGCUUAAAACAAAAAAGUACUUGCCCUGUCAUGUCAGUUAAUCCAUCUGUAAAGUCCUGUAAUCUUCAUUCACUAACUCUAAAUAUUAUAUACAUUUCCAGCCUUUCUUGAUCGUCACCCUCGUGACAAAAGAAAGUGGUAAUUGGUGGGUGUGUAGACAUGAGCUCUUGAGGAUUGGCUAAGCCCUUUAAAUUUGUUUUCAUAACCCUCUUACUAGGAAAAGCCAUUGUUUACAUACAGACCUUAAAUUUGUGAUGAAUAAAAAUGAAAUGGAUGUGAAUUAACCUCUCGUGAAAACAGGUCGAAAACUUGUUUUCAUUUGGUUCCAGUAUUUCUUCCAAAGGGUUCUGUGCAGAUACACUAGGCCUUUUAAUAGCCUGGAGUUAGGAUUAAGAUUAUAUGAUGUGGCUGAUAGAACAACUCAGGUAAUUUCCACUUAUGCUUUUAUACUUUCUGUACAGACUGCCUGGGUUUUAGUUUUAAUCAGCAAGGUGCUUCACUGCCUUCUUUUGAUGUCUCUCAAAGCUGUUAAAUGGAUCUUGUGCGGUAUACGGCACCAGUAGCGUAGUUUCCUUCAGUUCAGUGACACGGACCUUUUUCACUAGGACAGAUGGUUCUUUUGUCAGUAGAUACAGAUCUGUCAUUCUAAUAUCUUUUCAUGCCUGUAUAGUUUUUGUUUAUGUUCUUCUUCAGGUUUUAUAUUAUUUUGAAUGUCAUUUUCUUUACUACUUAUACCUUUUUAAUUACUGAAAGACAUGGGAUGAUAGUGAGGGUCUUCUUUUUAGUUUCUUGGCUUUUCCUUUAAGAUUUUUAAGGUUUGGUCUAUGUCUCCUGUUUAAAAGAGGCUUAAAAAAAAAAAAAAAGAAAA